AUGUGGCUUAUAACUGUUCUUAUAUCAGUUGCUAUUGCAAAACAAACACUUGCUCCUUAUCUAAAAAAUCUAAAGAGACCUUUGAACAUAGCGCAUAGGGGUGCGAGUGGUUACAUUCCUGAACAUACUUUGCAAGCAUAUGAUGUCGCAGCUUAUAUGUCAGCUGAUUAUAUAGAGCCAGAUCUUAACCCAACCAAAGAUUUCCACUUAGUCAUUAACCACGAUAACCUGCUCAACGAAACUUCAAAUGUGGAGUUACUUCCUCAAUUCGCCUACCUCCAUACAACAAAGGUUGUUCAAACCUACUCAGGAAAUGUUACAGAAACUGGCUGGUUUGUUGAAGACUUUACACUUGAACAAAUAAAGCAGCUUAAAGCUAAACAAAGACUGUCAUUUCGCCCUGCAACUUUCAACUAUUUGCUUGAUAAAAUUACGAUUGAUGAAGCUUUACAGUGGGCUGUAAAUCAAAAUGAGGAGAGAAAAAAGAACAAAAAGCCUUUGGUUGGAGCUUAUAUUGAGCUGAAAAAUCCUGCCUAUUAUAACUCUAAAGGGUUCCCUGUACAGCAAAUGCUGCUUGAUACAUUAAAGAAAUUUGGAGUAGAUGACUUGAAAGGUGCUUCUGAGAGAUGCCCAAUCAUUUUGCAGUGCUUUGAAUUAGAAACUUUGCAGUUCUUCUCAAAUGUAACAGAUCUUCCAUUGGUUUAUUUGAUUGACUCAGGUGCAGGACUACCUUAUAAUAUGACAGAGUAUGCAAGCAUUGUUCAUGGAGUUGGCCCUAAUUUAGGGUUCUUGUUUAAUGGGAAGUUUGAUAGCACUGGAUUUGUGGCUUUGGCCCAUCAGAACGAUUUAUUCGUUCAUCCAUGGACAAUUAGAGAUGAUGUCUUACCAAAGGGAUUCACAGUUAAAGAGUAUUACUUGAAGCUUUUAUAUGAAAAUGUGGAUGGAAUCUUUACUGAGUUCCCUGACAGUGCAACUGCAUAUUUUAACCUAUAA